AAACAGAGACCAAAACCAAAAAAGAUUUCAGAGGUUGAACACAGAAAGAAAGAAAUGUCUUUGCAAUGCAGUUUCAAGAGUCCACAACUACUCCCUAAAAGUUGCCACCAUAUUAUACCUUCUUCUUCUUCUUCUUCACUCUUCUCCACGUAAACCAACUCUGCCAAUGAAGCAAAAAAAAGCACCGCAACAUUUUCCAUUCUUUUAAUUAAAUGAAAACACCACCUUCCUCCUCCGUCAACCUCUGUCUCGCCGUCGCCGUCGCCGCAGUACUCAUACUCUCUCUGGUACCCUCAUCCCAUGGUUUUGGCUCCGGCGCCACCCUGGCCCUCUCCGACUCCUCUUCCACCGUGUGCGCCGUCGUAGCAUCCGAGUCCACGCGCCGCAUUGAGUGUUACCGUCAGGGGCAGGUAGUUCCCAUCGCUCCCAACGUUAGUUUUUCGUCAAUUUCCGGUGGGAGGAACUACUUCUGCGGCAUAAGGUCCAGCAACUCGAAUCUGCUUUGCUGGAACACAAGCUCUUCCUUCGAGAGGAGAAGGCUUUACAACGACAGUUCUGUUCCAUUGGAGAAUCUCGCCGUCGGGGACACCCACGUUUGCGCCACCGCGGUGGGUGAUGGCACGGUGCGGUGCUGGAGAACCGGUAACACGUUUCAAAUUGUAUCUGGGUCUGAUCAAUUCGCUUCAAUUUCAUCUGGGUCUGGCUUCUCUUGCGGAAUUUUGAAGAAUGGUUCUCGGGUUCGGUGCUGGGGAGACACUAAUGUUUCGGAACAGAUUGAGAAUUCGUUUCGGAACAUUUCCAUGUUGAGUCUUGUCGCAGGUGGUUCGCAUGUUUGUGGGUUGAACUUAACUGGGUUUUUGGUGUGCAGAGGAAGUAACGGUUCUGGACAAUUUGAUAUUCCUCAAGGUGGGGCUUUUGAGUAUUCUGGGUUGGCACUUGGUGCUGAGCAUGGUUGUGCGAUUAGAGAGUCGAAUGGUUCGGUUGUGUGUUGGGGUGGAAAUGGGCAAUUCUCGGUGAGUAAUGUUACAGAAGGAGUUUCCUUUGAGGUAAUUGUUUCUGGUUCUAACUUUGUUUGUGGAUUGACAACAAACAAUUUGACAGUGGUGUGUUGGGGUCCUGGUUGGUCUAAUGGUUCAAGGUUUGAGCUUCCUUUGCCUCGUGUUCUUCCAGGGCCUUGUGUUCAAUCUUCUUGUGGAGAGUGUGGUUCGUAUCUUAAUUCUGAAUUUCUAUGCUCUGGCUCUGGUAACAUUUGUAAGCCAAUGACAUGUAGGCCUCAAACAACGGUUCCACCGCCCCUACUGCCAUCACCGCCACCACCGUCUCCGUCUCCACCGCCACCACCGUCACUAACCUCGCCAUCGCCAUCUCCAUCUCGAUCGAAGACCUUGACAAGGGGGUUAUUGGCUUUUGCUAUUAUUGGUUCAGUGGGAGCUUUUGCUGGAAUAUGCACAAUAGUUUAUUGCCUGUGGAGUGGAGUUUGUUUUGGGAAGAAGAAAGUCCACAAUUCUGUGCAGCCUACAAUCACAAGAGGUAGCAGUGGUUCAAAUGGUGGGGGUGCUUCCAAUAAUAGCAAUUCUUCGAUAUCAUCUAUGAUUAUGCGUCAGACUUCAAUAAUAAUGAGGCGGCAGAGGAGUGGAACCUCAUCAACGAAGCAUCCAGACAGGGCUGAGGAGUUCACUCUAGCUGAGCUUGCGGCAGCCACCGACAAUUUCUCACAUGAAAACAAGAUUGGUGCUGGAAGCUUUGGUGUUGUGUACAAAGGAAAACUCACGGAUGGUCGCGAGGUGGCAAUCAAGAGGGGUGAAACCGGGUCCAAGAUGAAGAAGUUUCAAGAGAAAGAGAGUGCAUUUGAGUCUGAAUUGGCCUUCUUGUCGCGUCUGCACCAUAAGCACUUGGUUGGGCUGGUUGGGUUCUGUGAAGAGAAAGAUGAGAGGCUCUUGGUGUAUGAGUACAUGAAGAAUGGGGCUUUGUAUGAUCAUUUGCAUGACAAGAACAAUGUGGAGAAGGAAAGCAGUGUGUUGAAUAAUUGGAAAAUGAGGAUCAAAAUUGCUUUGGAUGCUUCCCGGGGAAUAGAAUAUCUUCACAAUUAUGCAGUUCCGUCUAUUAUUCACAGAGAUAUCAAGUCUUCCAACAUUCUUCUCGAUGCUACUUGGACGGCAAGAGUAUCUGAUUUUGGAUUGUCUUUGAUGAGUCCAGAACCUGACCGUGAUCACCGACCAAUGAAGGCAGCGGGAACCGUUGGAUACAUUGAUCCCGAGUACUAUGGUCUAAAUGUGUUGACGGCAAAGAGUGAUGUGUAUGGUCUUGGAGUUGUAUUGCUUGAACUUUUAACAGGAAAGAGAGCUAUAUUCAAGUAUGGAGAAGAUGGAGGCACCCCAUUGAGUGUGGUGGACUUUGCAGUGCCUUCUAUUUUGGCCGGAGAAUUAGUGAAACUUUUGGAUCCAAGGGUUGAACCACCCAACGUGACUGAGUCCGAGGCAGUGGAAUUAGUCGCCUACACAGCCAUUCAUUGUGUGAAUUUGGAAGGGAAAGAUAGACCAACCAUGGCUGACAUUGUGUCCAAUUUGGAGAGGGCUUUGGCUAUUUGUGAGAGUAGCCAUGACAGCAUUUCCAGCGGUACUAUCUCUGUUGUUUCAGAAUGAUAUUGUCCAACCCCAGCAAAGGGGACAAAAUAUUGAAAAUUUUGUGAAUUCUUAUUGAUUCUUUCUCAAUUUCAUAACUUCAUUGAUUUUUUCUGGUAUAUUAUAUGGGUAUACUCUGCCCGUAAAGAUUAGGGAAAUCAUCUUAACAUUACGCAGCAGUAUUUCAGAUUGUAGAAUUUUGCGAAAUAUGAUCCAUUUACGACUAUAUGUAAAUCAUCUAACACUUACAUAAUAUUUUGGCAAUUCAAUUUUA